AUGCAUCCACUCUGGAGGCUCCUGGUCUUCCUCAGCUUGCUUUUCUUGUCCUUGGCCCUGCACAAGCAGCCCUGGCCUGGCCUGGCCAAGGCCCACACGGACUGCCAGUCCACCCUGGCAAGAAUUAUUGCCCAAGGCCUCUUGAAGCAUAACCUAGAGGGCCAAAUCCAAGACAUCCGCCUCCUGGACAGCAUGAAUGCCUUGGGGCAGGUGGCCCCAUGGAUGGUAGGCUGGCUAAUCGGCGGCGGCGUGAAACUCCAGCAGCAGCAAGAAGGCAGCAUCAACAUCACCAACAUUCAGCUGGACGAUGGCGGAAUCCAGAUAUCUUCCCAUAAGGAGUGGUUCUUGGCACACAUCUCACUUGAAUUUGACAUUGAUUGGAGCCUGCUCUUCAAUAACAAGAUCGCAAAGACACAUGCCCACAUGAACCUCGCCGUGGAGUCCUGGCUGGAGAAAGACAAGUUCUGCUGGAGGGGUCUGGCAAUAGGCACUUGCCUCGGGGAGCCCAGCAGCAACCACACGACGGUCCUCACUGAAGAUAUCUCACCAAAUAUGAAACAUUUUCUCCACAAUUUUAGAGAAAACCUGGGAAAGGUUAUCCCACACCUGUUAGAAAGUCAGGCAUGUCCUCUGAUCAGUGAAAUCCUCAGGCAGCUGGAUGUGAAACUGUUGAAAAGCCUCAUGGGCAAGCUGCUGCUCAGGAACUCAGCCAACUGUGAGUCCAGCCAGCCCGUGAGUGUCCUCCAACUGCCUGCUGAUGGUCAGAAGGAGAUUCCACAUCUGGGGACCUUGAGUCUCUCUCAGAGCGUGGUUUCUUUCUACUGUCCCGAAAACCUUUACCACAGGCCCUCUGGAUGA